GGGCGGUAUCGAUAACCUAAUCACUUUCUAUCGAUAAAAUGGAGAAAAGCCGUUGCCUGCACAGUCCAAUCUAGUCCCAGGAGAGAAGCCCCCCAGUGUCUAAAUUUCUAUUUGCUAAUUUUGGAAAUUUUGAAUUUUCCUUGUCUCUCCGUUUGAUCUUAAUUGCAGGAAGAUCAAGAAUCUACUUCCAUUCGCCUCGUAAGGCUGACAACCUGCACUUUACCCGUUAUCUGCUGUUCCGCCCCGCCGCCCUCACCUUCCUCGACCCUCGCUACCCCACACCUACCUAGUCGUAAUCCAACCGGUCGUGAGGGAAACAUUCCUUCUCUACUGCACCAUUCCCCCGUUUCCAUGGACGACACCGUUGGGACUCCUCUGUCCGAUGUCUCCGCGGCGCCCUCGAUUGACUCUCUCGAGGGGGCCGGACUACCGCCGCAGCCAAGCCGAGUCACUUCAUCAGGAUCGUUCGAUAGUCUUCCAAGACACCGCCAACGAAAUCCCCGAGCUCGGCGUCCGGUGAAGGAAACGCUGGACGCCCGCUCCGAAUAUAGGACGAGCCAAGACGACGGCACGGCAGAGCAUCGUAUCAACCAAUAUAUCAUCAAGCAGGAGAUUGGCCGAGGGUCAUUUGGCGCCGUCCACUUGGCUGCUGAUCAAUAUGGUAAUGAAUAUGCAGUGAAAGAGUUCUCCAAAUCGCGCCUCAGAAAGCGUGCACAAUCACACCUAUUACGGCGACCGCGUGGACCUCGACGACCCGGUACCGGAUUCAAUUCGCCCUUACAUCGCCAUCCAUCUCAAGACGACGAUGAAAACGCCAAAAAUCCGCUCUACUUGAUCAAGGAGGAAAUUGCCAUCAUGAAGAAGCUGAAUCACAACAAUCUGGUCUCGCUUAUCGAGGUGCUGGAUGAUCCAACUGAAGAUUCACUUUACAUGGUCAUGGAGAUGUGCAAGAAAGGUGUGGUCAUGAAGGUUGGCUUGGAAGAACGAGCCGAUCCCUAUGAUGACGAGCACUGCCGCUGCUGGUUUCGUGAUCUGAUUUUGGGAAUUGAGUACCUUCAUGCACAGGGGAUCGUCCAUCGAGACAUCAAGCCUGACAAUUGUCUUGUGACCAAUGACGACGUGCUGAAAGUGGUUGACUUUGGUGUUUCGGAGAUGUUUGAAAAGGACUCUGAUAUGUUCACUGCCAAGUCAGCGGGAUCUCCGGCUUUCCUCCCGCCCGAGCUCUGUGUAGUGAAGCAUGGUGAUGUAUCUGGCAAAGCAACGGAUAUUUGGUCGAUGGGAGUCACCCUAUAUUGUCUGAGAUACGGCAAGCUUCCAUUCGAGAAGCAGAGUAUAUUCGAGCUAUACGAAAGCAUUCGGACCGACACUGUGGACUUUGAGGACGAGCAGGAUGAUAUGUUUAAGGAUAUGAUGACUCGUAUUCUGGAAAAGGACCCGGCGAAGCGUAUUAAGAUGCGGGAUUUGAGGGAACACCCUUGGGUGACGGCAAACGGGGCUGAUCCUCUGCUAUCCUAUGAAGACAACACGGCACAGCUCAUCGAGCCACCCACGGAGGAGGAGAUGAACCUAGCUAUCACCAAGAACCUGGGUCAUUUGAUAACAGUUAUGAAAGCAGUGAAAGGCUUCAAGCGGUUAGUGGAUCCGUCUAAAGCAGGGUCAGCCUUACAAAGUAUCUUGGGUAGUGAGCACGAUGCUCACUUUGUUGCGCCACCUAUGGAAAUGGAUGAGAGUGAUGAUUUCCCAACCGUUGGGCUGGAUCCCAACGCCGACCGCGCUGGUCGUCAUGGCUUCACUGGUGGUAUCAAGAGGGCCUUUGGGCGGCACCCUAAGCUAGCAAGGUUACAUGGUCGAGAUGAAACAAGCACAGAGAGACCUUCGGAGGGAACUCCAUUGAGCGGUGCGUCUGGUGCAGAGGAUAGUACAGCCAGCAGCGGACGAUCUAGAGGCGCCUUUGAACCUCCAGGGCGAAAAGACUCGGGCUCAAUACGGAGUGGGAGAUCCAUUGGGAAAGCGGAUGUGACUAGGAUUCAUUCUCAGUCGGCAUCGCCUCAUCCCGCACUCUCACGAGCUAGCUCUUCAACCACCAAACGCAGUGUCGAGGGAACGAGAGGCCAUGCACGAGAUCCGCUUGAAGAAGACUUCCCUUAUCUCUUCAUUGGCCCUUCGACCUACACUGGCACGUCACCUCAGGAACCCAGCGGGUUCAAUAUUGGCAAUGAUCUGAUUCAGCCCAUCUUCGCCGAGCCUGACAGCACCGAGGAUGGAAUUGAUCCUGCCUUGGAUACAGCCAUGUCAGAUGAGCCGAUGCUGAUCGUCAGUGAAUCCCCCGGUGCAGCAGAAUUUGACAUUUACGAGACGGCGUACCGCAACGAACUUGAGCGCAUCGAGGCUAAAACCUCCACCUUCCCUGGCGCCGGCGUCAGCCCCAAGGUGUAUCUUACACGUCGUGUUGAGGGCAAGCACGAGGUGAUGAAAUUUGUCAAAGAUAAGGCUCUCGAUGUGCAAAUCGGUAUGAAAACACCCAUUGCGUCGGCUGGCAGGUCCGCGUCGGCGUUUGGGGCGGCAGUGAGUUUGUUACGGAAUCAAAUGGAGCAGCAGAAGGAGGCCGACCAGAGGGAAAUGGAUGCUCCAGCGGUGGAGGGGUCGAAUCCGGGGCAAGAUACUAUGGAAAAUCAGCAGAGUCCUUCCCGUGAGCGCAGGCAAUCCCAUCCGCCCUCCUCAUCACUGUCGUCACAGUCCAUUCCUGGUCCCGAAGCAUCGCCCUUGGAGGCAACUGGCGUUCCAGCUUCGGGCUCAAACGCCAGUGCAGAAGACUCAACCACGCAGCUGCGUCGCCUUCUCGCUCGUGUUCGUGACAAGACUGAAGAGUAACCCGAGAUUUGCCUUGUUAGAGGGAAAGGCAGAACUUUCAUGUAAAUAGAGGAGGGUGUCAGUCGUAACAGACCGGUUGGCGAGAGGAUAUAUACGAAUAGCAAACAACACUACCUCACACUCCCCUUUCUAUAAUAGACAACAAUAUAGUUGACUAGCAUUCCCCUUUCCUUCCUCAAAUCGAUGACUCCAGAGCUUUCAUCCCCUU